AUGCAUACUCUUAGGACAAGCCUACUAUUAUGUAUGCUAAUCUAUAUUAAUUAUGCAGAGUAUGUUUUACAUCUAUUAUUAGAUCUGAAGCACUUAGCUUAUUAAAUCAAAUGCAACCAAAAUUCAAUGAAGAAACUGAUUUAGGAUCUGAAGACUUAAUAUAUAAGAAAGCCACUGAAUAAUUAAAAUAAUAAAAGCCUUACUUGUAGAUUGAUGAAGAAGAUACUAAGAAUGAAGUUUCCUUUAGAGAAUUUUAUAAAAGUGUACGAUCUGGUAAACAUGAGAUAGUUCAAGAUGAGGAAGAGAUAAAUAUAGUAGAACCAGAGCAUAAGGAAAUAGAGAUUCAAUCUUAUUUACAAGAAUUGAGUGAUGGACUUGAACCAUAAACUGAAAAUAUUGCAGAAACGGAACUUCAAACUGAUCCUGAAAAGUUAGGAAAGUUUAAAAAGUAUUUUAUUAAAGAAGAAGAACCUAAAGUUGAAGUUAAAAUAGAAACUAAAUCUGAAAAUAAUCAACAAAUUGAAAAGAAAAUGACUUUAAGAGAAAAAUUAGAAAUGAAAAAAAAAUAAGCUCAAUAACCAUCAGUUGUAGCUGCAAUUUAAAUUAAAUAAGAAGUAACUAACCAAGAAUAAGUUAUUAAUUAAACUGAUUAAAAUGUUGGCAAAACAACUUUAAUGAAAAAGAUUGAAGAAUUCAAGAAAUAGAAAUAAUCAAAGGAAAUAUAGGAAAUAUAGGAAACUUAAUAAUCAAAAGAAGAAGUUGUAUAAGAAGAGUAAAACACAAAACCAGUACAAGAAAAUGCUUUAAGAAAACUUUUAAAUAAAAAGGCAGAAGAGAAAAAAGAAAAAGAAGCUUAAAAAUAAAUAUAAAAAUCUGUAGAAGAGAGAUAAGAUACAUUGUUAGGGUUGACAUAAGAAGCAGAAAUAGAAAUUAAAUAAAUAAAUGUUGUGAAUGAGUAAGAUAUAGAUAUCGUCAAUGAAAAAGAAUCUUAAGAAUCUAAUCAGGAUUUAAAAUAAUCUCAAGAUGAAACUAAUUUAUAAGAAUUAGAAUAAGAACAUGAUGAAUCUCAUCAAGAGUAUAUAAUAUCUGAUGAAAAUAUUAACAAUAAUGAUGAAAAUAUUGAAUAAUAAAAAGAAUAAGUUUAAUCUUAGUCUGAGAUUCAAAAAUAAAUAUAGAUUGAUAAUGAAUCUUCAAGUUUUGAAUCAGAUUAAUCAGAUAGUAUAGCCUAAGAAUAAGAUCAAAAUGAAUAAGAAAUAGAGAAUGUUGAAUAAAUUAAUCCAUCACCUGAAAAUUUGGAAUAAGAAAAUGAUAAUGCUGAUAAUAAUAAUAAUAAUAAUAAUAAUAAUAAUAAUAAUAAUGAAUAAGAAUAAGAAUAAGAAUAAGAAGAAAAUUCUUAAAUAACUAAAUUAAUUGAUGAUGAUUAAAUAAAUUAAGAAAUAUAAUAAGAUGAUUAAGAACUAUAGUAAUUUGAAGUAAAAUAAUCUGAUGAUUAGUAAUAAGAAUUAGACAAUCAAUCAUAAAAUGAAUAAUAAUAUUAAUAAGAUAAUUAAGAUUAAGAUGAAAAAUAAAUUAUUGAUUAAUCAAAUUAAGAGAUUAAUAUUGAUAAUUAAAUGGAAAAUACAUUAUCAUAAGGUUUUGUUAUGGAAAAUAAUGUAGAAACUUCUAAUUAUCUUGAGGAAGUACAAGAAGCAGAAAAAUUAAGAAAAAAAAAAGAAGUAGAAGAAAUGAUUUAAGAAGAAGAAAGAAUUAAAUAAGAAUUAGAAUAAAAAAAGUUAGAAGAUGAGUUAAAAUUAAAUGAAUUGGAAGAAGAAUAGAAAUAGUUAAAUGAUGAAAAAUAAAAGGAAGAAUAAUAAAUUGAAGAAGUUAAAAAAUAAAUUGAAUUAGAAUAAAGUGAAUUAAAAGAUUUUGAAUUAGAAAAAGAUGUAUAAUCAUAAAUAAAGGAUAAAGAUAUAAAUGAUAUAUAAGAAGUAUAACCUUAGUAAGAGAUAUUAUAAGAAGAUUUAAAUAUUUAAGAAGAUUUAAAUAUUUAAAAAGAUAAUUUAAAUUAAUAAAAUGUAGAGGAAUAAAUAACAAUUUAAUAAGAUAAAAUAGAGCCUAAAGAAAUUAAACUUGAAGAUCAUACUAUUAAAUCAUAAGAUGAAUCUUUAGAUAACGGUUUUAAUAUUGAUGAAUAUGAAAGAUUAUAACAUAGAAAUGAGGAUAAAACUGAAUAGAAUGAUUCUAAUUAUUCAUAAAGUAGUGAACUGUUUCAUCAAAAUGAUUACAUUUCUUAAAUUCUAAAUGAUUAAUAAGAAUAAGUGAUUGAAUAAUCAGUUCCCACAUUAUCAAUUAAUGAAUAAUAAACUGAAGAAAUUUCAUAUGAACCUUAAAUCUAAAUAAGUAAAGAUGUUACAAUAGAUGAUAUAUAAAAUGAAUAAGUCUUAAUCAAUUAAGAAUAAGAUAGUUUAAAUGAUCAAAAUUACAUCCCAGAAUUACCAAACCCUGAAAAUUCAUCAAUUUAAGAAUAAGAUAUUAAGUAACAACUAAAAGAAGAAGAAAAUGAAGUAAAAGAAUAAGAGUAGUAGUAACUUUAAGUGGAUAAUCAAAUUAAUUAAGAUAAUAUAGAAAACUUAAUUAAUAAUGAUUCAUCUUAAGAAGAAUUGAAAAUAGAAUCCUAUAAUGAGAAUAUUGAUAAUUCAUAAAAUUAAGUAUAUCCAUAAUAAUAAGAGAAUUCAAAUAUAGAAAGUGAUACUCCCAAUUUAAUCCCUGUAGAUGAAAGUUAAUCAAAUAUUUAUUAAUAUGAAUAAGAAGUUGAGAAUGAAGAUAAUGAAGUAAUUUAAUUUGAUGUUUAUCAUUCCUCUUCAGAUGUUAAUACAUAAAAUAAUGAAUAAUAAGCUAUAAAUCAAAUUAAUAUUGAAUCAUAACCUAUUGUGAAUUAAUAAGAAGUUGAGGAAAAUACAAAUGUGCUUUCAGCCAACAAAAUUCAUUCAUUUUCUCUAUUACAAUAAGAUAUGAAGAUAGAUGAUACUAUAAAAAUUGAAUAUAUUGAUUUAGAAACAAAGUAAGAUCAAUCAACUUUAAAUCAUCAUAAGAGAUAAUAAAAUAGUUUAUUGUAAGUAGAGGAAACUGAGAUGGAUUAUAAUGAAGAAUAAUUUGAGAUAUUUAUGGCAUAGAAGAAAUAAUAAGAGUAAAUGGAGAAAGAGAAAAAAAGAAAGAAAUUAAAAGCAAGAGAGGAGAAAUAAAAAAAAUUAGAAGAAGAAUAAUAUUAAUAAAAAUUAUUAUAAUAAAAAUAAUAAUAAGAAAUUUUAAAAUAAUAAUAAUAAUUGAUUGAAUUAUAAAAUUAAUAAUUGUUAAAUAAAAAAAAAUAUAAGAUGUCCACUAAAUAGAAUAAUUAAGUUAUUGUAGAUAGUAUACCUAUUAAGGGAGAUAACUAUAGUCAGUUAUAAAAAUAAUAAUCAUAAAUUUAAAUCUUAAAUUAAUAAAUAGAUACAGAAUUUUCAUUUUAAUAAAUUCUUUCAAAAGUAGAGAAGGAAUAAAGACAAGGAUAGAAACAAUUAAGAAGUAAUUCUAAACAUGUCAAGAAUGCUGAUUUAAAUUUCUUUUAAUUAACUGAAAGUAAAAGUUUUUUUAAUAAUUAGAAUAAUAAUAAAAUAAGAUUUCCUUAUAAUCUUAAGAUCUAUUUGAAGCUAUUAAAUAAGAGAUUAAAGAAUGUGAUUUAAAUAAUUACACAAUUAAUUUGUGUUAAUUAUGCUAAAGUGAUGUAGUAUAUGAAAUAAAUGAUGAUAAUUGGUAUCUUAUAGGAAUUGCAUAUGGAUUAAAGUAUAAAAAUUUAUCAAUUAUUAAAGGAGACAUUUCUAAAAUCUUUUGAAUACAGUUUAAUAUCAUUUCAAGAAUGCUAAGAUCUAUACUUCAUUUAAUAAGGAAUAAUAAGUUUGUCUCACAUUAGGAGAUUAAUUUGAAAUUGAAAAUCUAGAAGAAAUUUUAAAUUACUAUAAUAAUUAGACUUUGCCUAAAAAUACUUAAUUUUUAAAGAUUCCUUAAAAAGUAUUAUAUAAUAAUUUAUAUCAAGAUAAGAUCAAAUUUUGCUUAGAUGAAGGUAGAUUUGAAUAAACAUAAAUUUAUGAAUUUUAGUUUGAAUGCAGCAAUAAAAAAUUAAGAACAUCACAAUGGAUUUACUGUUACAGAAUAACAAAUUAAGUUUUCUGAAGAUUUCGAUUACAUUCAAUAGGGUAGUAUCUUAUAUCCAGGAUAAUCAAUUCCAUAUAAAUUGAAUGUUUAAUCUAAUGGAAUUGAAAAUAUGUAAUUAGAUUUGAAUCCUCAAAUAUAUGAAAAGAUAUUAGAAAACUAUUUGGCAAAAAAUUACUUGCAAUAGAUAUAAAUUACAUAUAGGGACAUAUUAAAGAGUAAUUUUGUAGUGAUUGAUAAUGAUGAACUUUUAGAACUUGAAAUUACAAUAUAAAAAUGA